UCAGUUUCUUUUCCUUCCAGCUGCUGUGUGUUUCUCACAUUAACUCUCAGAAUCUCUCUGCAGGUGACAAAGAAGCUCGCGGGUAUCGCCUCCGACACGGCCGCCUGGGCUACCAACGUCGGCAAUGAGCACGGGCAGGUCCUCAUGAGCGUCCUCACCUCCACCGAGAGAGCGCCGGGGGCCUGUCCGGGAUGGCGGCCGGCUUGAUGAGGCGGUACCGACUCGCCGGGGUACCUCCCCCCCAGCUGAUCUACGUGGACCGCGACUGCUGCAACAGGGACGGCGUGUCAAAGACAGCUGUCUUGUUUCAGGAGUGGGAGCAUCUCGUGGUGAGACUGGACAUCUGGCACCUGAUGCGACGCUUCGCAUCAGGUGUCAACACCGAGAGCCACGAGCUGUACCCCACCUUCAUGAGGCAGCUGUCUAACUGCAUCUUUGAGGUGGACGCCGGAGAUGCACGCCGUCUCGCAGAGGCUAAGCGGUCCCAGCUGGAGGGGAAGCACGGGAUGGUUGGACUGACGGACGCCGCGGUGAACCAGAGGAUCUCCAAGGAGGAGUGGAGGCUCCACGUCCGCCGCAGGACACGGGGGCCUGAGGAAUCGGCCCUCCUCAUCCAGGAGCUCCUCGACACCUUCGGUGGACCGGCAGGACGCAACAACCUGGGCAUCCCGUUGCUCAACGCUCUCCGCAUCCAGGAAAUAUGGAGUACGCAGAGGACCCACCUCAGCUGCAUCCAGGACCCGCCAGGUGUGCAGCUGUACACCCAGACGGGCCGGCUGACCAAGGGAGGAGUCAGCCUGCCCGUAUAUCGCUGCGCGAGGGGCUCCACCUCUCUGGAGUCCUUCCACCUCCACCUUAACCGGUUCAUCCCAGGGACCCGGGCCAGCGCCAAGCACUUCCAGGCGUUCCUGGUGGAUGGACUGGUGAGGUGGAACGAGGACCGCGCAGCGGCAGCUGCACCACCACCGGCUGCAGUCGAGGGACGGCUGGGACCUCUGCACUCCUACAGUGGCCACCUCAAGCACGUCCUUAACCAGAAGAGCCAAAGAGUGCUUGGUCUUCAGAUGGUUAAGGACUUCACCGAGCCGGCUGAGUACACAGGGGAGCUCAUCGGAGUGGAGUACCUGUACCAGCAGACCGGCAAAGUGCUUGAGGACGUCAGCCUGGACCCUGACACUCCGGACGAGGCUCCUGCCAUCGAGGCGCUGGAGGAGGAUGAGGGCAUCGAGGAAGACGUAGAGGACCCUACCGUCUUCGGGCCUGAUACUCAGUCCUCCAGCGUGGCAGCAGCCCGGUCAGGUGAUCCAGCUGACGCACCGUUUGAGCCAUCCCGUUCGGGUCAAGUUGCCCCUCCUGAGGCCCCAGAGGUUCAGGACCCUGAUCCCCAGCAGCCCUCCUUAGACUCUGAAGAGGACAUCCAGGGUCCUGAUGGCCAGCCCGGGUACCGGCACAUCCUGAAGCUGGCCCAGGUGCUGGUGGAAGGGAGGAACCUUCUGGGGCUGUCUGAGAAUAGGGUAGACCGACUCAUCCUGCUUUGGACUCGCUUGGCGGAGCAGGACAAGCGGCGAGUCGACUACCCUCCCAGAUACCGGGAGAGGCAACCAAAGAGAGCGGAGAGUCUCCAACGCUGCCUCCUCGGGGUCAACUCGGGGCCUUCCACCUGGCCCAGCGCCAGUCGCCUGGUGGAGGCCAUUUGCACGCUGCUCUGCAAGCUCCACCCGGCGGCCACGCGGGUCGGCGGGAUGCACAAGCCCCGGCUCAGCCUCAUCCUCGCUGACUAUGUGUCCAUCAGAGAGAUAGUGCUGAGCACCCCGAGGCUGAUGGCUCAGACGGACAUCCAGCUCUUUGAGCUGAACCACCGGACCCUCAGCCAGUGGUUCUCUCGCAAGCAGAGGGGGUUGGUCACGGCUGUGCUGCAGCAGGGAGCUUCCGUCAUCCCUGCAGGUGUCGCAGCCGAGCCCCUCCCUCCCGUCAAAGGGCUGUCCUUUGUUCAGGUGGGACAAGGACAGCCCUACCAGUAUGACGUGCCGGAUGAGAAGCCAGGACCCUCAUCCGGCGGCCUUCCUCCUCCUCCUCCUCCACCACCAGAUGGGGAGCAGCCUGGACCUUCGUCCAGCGGCCUUCCUCCACUGCCCCUGGGUGUCUUCCCUGGUCCUGCCGGUCUGCCUCCUCAAAGUCCCGGACAAAGCAGGACCACUGUCUGGAGGAAGAGGAAGGCGGCCGAGGCAGCGGCUGCUGCUGCUGCUGCAGGUCAGGUGUUGCCACCCAAGAAUCCCCGACAGCAGUACACCUGCUCCAAGUGUGGUCAGCCCAAAACAUUAGAAACUGGCCACACUCGGCUUUACGGUGUAACGUACUGUGCUGCUGUCGGGGGCAAGACUGUGGAGCAGUGGAGGGAGGAGGUCCAAAGCACUCAGAGCGGGGGGAAAUGAGGGUUUUUAUUUGUUGUUUUAUUUAUUUAUAAGCAGUUUAAGGUUUAAGCAGGUUACUAUUAGUGUGUUGUUAUUGUCAUGCGUUAUUAUUGUCAUGUGUUAUUAUUGUCAUGUGUUAUUUAAGCCAUUAAAGUGUAUUUUCUGCACUUGGUUUUGGAAGCUUUUUCAUUUCAUACACACCUGUAUGUUUUCAUUCCAUACACACCCGUUUAUUUAGGGAAAUCUCCAUAACUGCCAUCAUUCAACACACUUUGCUUGCAACUUGCCGGAGGUGGGACUCGAACCACAGAUCUUCUGCAUCGCAGCCCACAUCUGGAGCACAGCUAGCCCCUCCUCCCCACACAUACUAUUUUUGGGACCUGAUCGCAGAGAAGAAUGAACCAUAUCCUGCUUUUCACCCGGAGCCCCUUCUUCUCUGUCCCAAUUGUUUAAAUUCCUAGGAGCCAAUGAGACGCCUCAGAGCUUGUUUCAAUUCUCGGCCGACCUAUCAGAGGAUCCACGGUUUGCGCGUCCAAUCAGAUGCUCAAUUUGUUUCAAUUCCGACUUCUCGUUCCGCCAUGUUGGAUCACCGCUGGACUGCCGUCUCAUUCUAACAAUACUCGGCAGACGUUACAUGAAAAACACGUGUACAUUUUAAACCCACAUUCAACUUCCACAUCUGCGCAUGUGCGACCACAAACCGCCCCUGGAGGACGCGGAUUUGCUCUAUCUCCUGGCUGUCUGCGUAUCCAAGGCUCUACGUUUUCAUUUUUUCUAUCUGAUGUUGGUGUGAUGUGGAACUCUUUGGGGACCUCAUAUUGUUUUGAUACAUGCUAAGUUCCAACGCGUUACCACCAUCCCACUGGAAUCUACCUUCAUGGCACAGUUGGACAGCCAUUUAGCCCAAUUGACGUAUAUCUUCCAGACGAAGGGAGGAGUUGCUGGCCAGAAACUAGCUAAACAUCUGGAGAUCUUGCAAGAAGAGACAAGUGAUGUCAAUCCUAAAAGGACAGCUGUCCUAAAGGCUCUUUGCAUCUACCUGGGGGAGGACGAGGGACAGCUUGUUCGGGAGUAUAUGGUAAGUCAUUUGAAUUUAUUUGCCUCUCACAUGUUAUGUUUUCAGAUCCUAAUGUCACCCACAUACACUUUCAGAGGUUCAUGUUAUCAUUGUCAGAAGGUUGAGAAUAUUCAUAUGAAACAUAACAACCUGCUGCACAGUAGUGUCGUUUCUAUGUACAUUACUUUAAUAACACCUCACAGAUCCAUCCAUCCAUUUGCAAACCGCUUAUCCUGCACACAGGGUCGCGGGGGGUCUGGAGUCUGGAGUCAUCUACAUUAAUUCAAAACCCCUGAGUGGGUGGACAAUAUCCCAGCCAACUUCGGGCGAGAGACAAGAGUACACCCGGGCCUGGUUGCCAGCCAAUC